CUCAGGGGCUGCCGGCGCUUAUUGACCCAGCGGCCGCCGCGCUGCCGCUGUCUCCUCCUGCUCGUAGCAGGCGGUGCUGGAGCGCCAAGUGGCGCUGGAGAACCGGCGCUUCCUUUCGCCGCUGCCGCCGCCAUCUCCGCGUUUGUGGGGCGGGAAAGAGCUGCGCGGCCCCGGCCCGGGAACUGCCGAACCCGCCCCUCCCCUGGGUGAGGAGGACACGCCUGCCCUCGUGGAGAAAACUUUUCCUGUCGACUCAGUUGGCGCGGCGGUGGCAGGAAGUGCGGGCAGCGACCUCUCCUCCUCCUGCCCCGCGCGCCCUGCCGGAGGUCGGCGCUGAGCUUACGAUCAAGUUUGUGGGGGCCCCUUCCCAGCUGCCGGCGAGUCUCGCCUCGAGAGGGGCGCCCGGCCCCGGAGAGGGCGGCAGGCCAGGGCGAAGGCCAAGGACGUGUGGUGGCGCCGGAGACUAGGUGCGGAGCACGGCUGGGACUCGCACCCGCAGCCGACAGCGCGGAGGGCGCGCAGCCUGGGAGAAGGGAGCCUCCGGCGGCUGCUUCCUAGAGUCAACAGUCCGCUGUCUCCUCUGGCUGAGGACAGCGUCCUGGCCCCGAGUCUAUCGAGGAAAAUGAAGUUAAGCCGUCAGUUCACCGUGUUCGGCAGUGCGAUCUUCUGUGUGGUGAUUUUCUCGCUUUAUCUGAUGCUGGACCGGGGUCACUUAGACUAUCCCAGGAACCCGCGCCGCGAGGGGUCCUUUCCUCAGGGCCAGCUCUCAAUGUUGCAAGAAAAAAUAGACCAUUUGGAGCGUUUGCUAGCUGAGAAUAAUGAGAUCAUCUCAAAUAUUAGAGACUCAGUCAUCAAUUUGAGUGAGUCUGUGGAGGAUGGUCCGAAAAGUUCACGAAGCAAUUUCAGCCAAGGUGCUGGCUCACAUCUUCUGCCCUCACAAUUAUCCCUCUCAGUUGACACUGCAGACUGUCUGUUUGCUUCACAAAGUGGAAGUCACAAUUCAGAUGUGCAGAUGUUGGAUGUUUACAGUCUAAUUUCUUUUGACAAUCCAGAUGGUGGAGUUUGGAAGCAAGGAUUUGACAUUACUUAUGAAUCUAAUGAAUGGGACACUGAACCCCUUCAAGUCUUUGUGGUGCCUCAUUCCCAUAACGACCCAGGUUGGUUGAAGACUUUCAAUGACUACUUUAGAGACAAGACUCAGUAUAUUUUUAAUAACAUGGUCCUAAAGCUGAAAGAAGACUCACGGAGGAAGUUUAUUUGGUCUGAGAUCUCUUACCUUUCAAAGUGGUGGGAUAUUAUAGAUAUUCAGAAGAAGGAUGCUGUUAAAAGUUUAAUAGAAAAUGGUCAGCUUGAAAUUGUGACAGGUGGCUGGGUUAUGCCUGAUGAAGCCACUGCACGUUAUUUUGCCUUAAUUGAUCAACUAAUUGAAGGACAUCAGUGGCUGGAAAAUAAUAUAGGAGUGAAACCUCGGUCCGGCUGGGCUGUUGAUCCCUUUGGACACUCACCAACAAUGUCUUAUCUUCUAAACCGUGCUGGACUUUCUCACAUGCUUAUCCAGAGAGUUCAUUAUGCAGUUAAAAAACACUUUGCACAGCAUAAAACGUUGGAGUUUUUUUGGAGACAGAAUUGGGAUCUGGGAUCUGUCACAGAUAUUUUAUGCCACAUGAUGCCCUUCUACAGCUAUGACAUCCCUCACACUUGUGGACCUGAUCCUAAAAUAUGCUGCCAGUUUGAUUUUAAACGGCUUCCUGGAGGCAGAUUUGGUUGUCCCUGGGGAGUCCCCCCAGAAACAAUACAUCCUGGAAAUGUCCAAAGCAGGGCUCGGAUGCUACUAGAUCAGUACCGAAAGAAGUCAAAGCUUUUUCGUACCAAAGUUCUCUUGGCUCCACUAGGAGAUGAUUUCCGCUACUGUGAAUACACAGAAUGGGAUUUACAGUUUAAGAAUUAUCAGCAGCUUUUUGAUUAUAUGAAUUCUCAGUCUAAGUUUAAAGUUAAGAUACAGUUUGGAACUUUAUCAGAUUUUUUUGAUGCGCUGGAUAAAGCAGAUGAAACUCAGAGAGACAAGGGCCAAUCGAUGUUCCCUGUUCUAAGUGGAGAUUUUUUCACUUAUGCUGAUCGAGAUGAUCAUUAUUGGAGUGGCUAUUUUACAUCCAGACCCUUUUACAAACGAAUGGAUAGAAUCAUGGAAUCUCAUUUAAGGGCUGCUGAAAUUCUUUACUAUUUCGCCUUGAGACAAGCUCACAAAUACAAGAUAGAUAAAUUUCUCUCAUCAUCACUUUACACGGCACUGACAGAAGCCAGAAGGAAUUUGGGACUGUUUCAACAUCAUGAUGCUAUCACAGGAACUGCAAAAGAUUGGGUGGUUGUGGAUUAUGGUACCAGACUUUUUCAUUCAUUAAUGGUUUUGGAGAAGAUAAUUGGAACUUCUGCAUUUUUUCUUAUUUUGAAGGACAAACUCACAUAUGACUCUUACUCUUCUGAUACCUUCCUGGAGAUGGAUUUGAAACAAAAAUCACAAGAUUCUCUGCCACAAAAAAAUAUAAUAAGGCUGAGUGCGGAGCCAAGGUACCUUGUGGUCUAUAAUCCUUUAGAACAAGACCGAAUCUCGGUGGUCUCAGUCUAUGUGAGUUCCCCCACGGUGCAAGUGUUCUCUGCUUCAGGAAAACCUGUGGAAGUUCAAGUCAGUGCAGUUUGGGAUACAGCAAAUACUAUUUCAGAAAUAGCCUAUGAGAUCUCUUUUCGAGCACAUAUACCACCAUUGGGACUGAAAGUGUAUAAGAUUUUGGAAUCAGCAAGUUCAAAUUCACAUUUAGCUGAUUAUGUCUUGUAUAACAAUAAAGUAGAAGAUAGAGGAAUUUUCACCAUAAAGAAUAUGAUAAAUACUGAAGAAGGUAUAACACUAGAGAACUCCUUUGUUUUACUUCGGUUUGAUCAAACUGGACUUAUGAAGCAAAUGAUGACUAAAGAAGAUGGUAAACACCAUGAAGUAAGUGUGCAAUUUUCAUGGUAUGGAACCACGAUUAAAAGAGACAAAAGUGGUGCCUACCUCUUCUUACCUGAUGGUAAUGCUAAGCCUUAUGUUUACACAACACCGCCCUUUGUCAGAGUGACACAUGGAAGGAUUUACUCGGAAGUGACUUGCUUUUUUGACCAUGUUACUCAUAGAGUCCGACUAUACCACAUACAGGGACUAGAAGGACAGUCUGUGGAAGUUUCCAAUAUUGUGGACAUUCGAAAAGUAUAUAACCGUGAGAUUGCAAUGAAAAUUUCUUCUGAUAUAAAAAGCCAAAAUAGAUUUUAUACUGACCUAAAUGGAUACCAGAUUCAACCUAGAAUGACACUGAGCAAAUUGCCUCUUCAAGCAAAUGUCUAUCCCAUGACCACAAUGGCCUAUAUCCAGGAUGCCAAACAUCGUUUGACACUGCUCUCUGCUCAGUCUUUAGGGGUUUCAAGUUUGAAUAGUGGUCAGAUUGAAGUUAUCAUGGAUCGAAGACUCAUGCAAGAUGAUAAUCGUGGCCUUGAGCAAGGUGUCCAGGAUAACAAGAUUACAGCUAAUCUAUUUCGAAUACUACUAGAAAAAAGAAGUGCAGUUAAUACGGAAGAAGAAAAGAAUUCGGUCAGUUAUCCUUCUCUCCUUAGCCACAUGACUUCUUCUUUCAUGAAUCAUCCAGUCUUUCCAAUGGCAAAUAAGUUCUCUUCACCUACCCUUGAUCUGGAAGGUGAAUUCUCUCCAUUACAGUCAUCUUUGCCUUGUGACAUUCAUCUGGUUAAUCUGAGAACAAUACAGUCAAAGAUGUUGGUACAGAAACUUUUUAACAAGUUUAUUGUUGAAAGUCUCACACCUUCAUCAUUAUCCUUGAUGCAUUCACCUCCCGGCACUCAGAAUAUAAGUGAGAUCAACUUGAGUCCAAUGGAAAUCAGCACGUUCCGAAUCCGGUUGAGGUGAACCUGACUUUCACAUUUGGAUUGGGAAUCAUUGGCUUUUAUACCUUUCUUGGUUUGACGUGCAAUAAAGAAGCACAUUAUUUUAGCUUCUGGCUACUGUGAGAACAUGAAUUCUGUGAUUCUGUGAUUUUUUUUUUUCUUUUACCACUACAGUAAGAAAAAAAAAAAAAAAAAAAGCCAUGCUAUCAAUCAGGUUUCUUUUUUUUAAAACUUCCUCCCAUGAACUACCACCAUCAGUAUGAAUUGAUGCAACAAAUUAAGGAAUAUUUAAAGACAGCCUCUCAACAGAUUGUAUCUCAGGUUAAAUGCUAACUAAUUAUGUCUGUGUUAGGGGUUGUGAAGAGAUUCUUAUAGUAUCUGUGUGCUGAUCCUUCAUUAGUUUUACAAAAACACCUUUUUUGCUGAAAUGGAAUAAAGUGUUUGUGGGUAAAAGCUAAUGGCCAAAAUGGUUGCAAUCAUUCAUACUAGUUUGAAAAAUUAUGUGUUGAAGUAAGUGGAAAAGUGCAAUCUAUCCACCCUUAUGAUUAACAUAGUUGAUUUUUAUACCUUUUUCUGGUGUACCUCUUGACCUUUUCCUUCCCUUCCUACCCUUUCUAAGUAUUUCCAGAAAUACCUGAUUUUGAAUCAUUCAACAGUAGAAAAAGAGGCAUAUUUUCAUUACUUGACAAUGUGGGAUGGGUGCAAUUUAUUCCAUCUUCACUAAAAUAGAAGCAAUUCCAUAGGUACCAUAAACCUAUUUUAGGUACCACAAGGUGUCUUUUUACACAGCUCAUUUGAAUACAGGUGUUCUGAGAAGGGGUUUCUAUUUAAAAAUUACCAUAUCAAAAUAAAUGUGCCUUAUUUUUUUAUAAGUCUUGUUAAAUCAGUGUCCAUAUUACUGUGUGGGGAAGGGGGAAUGUUGCGGGAUCGGGGAGGGGGUGGAUACUUUCUAUGACACAUAAAUUGUGUAAUUUUUGCCUGACAAUGCUGGCCACAUACUGAUCUGUUUCAUUAAAUUUGUGGUGAUGUUACUCUAAACAUUUUGACUAUUUGAAUGUACUGAGAUGUCGGAAAACAAAACAAGGAAGGAAAAUAUUGUUAAUUAAAAUAUGCUGCUGCCAAGGAAACUGCAACUUGAAGCAAGGAUUUUGUAAAAUGCAAAAUCCAGCUACUGUUUCCAUUUCACAGUAGUUAACUAUAUUAAAGAGAGAAUGCUUUAAAAUUGAUCUUGUUUUGAAACCCACUUUUAUGUAGCUCAUCAUGGUUUAUCUAACUAAGGAAUAUGUUUGUUCAUUCAAUUCUCAACUUUUGUAUGUGCUAACCUUAAAGUGAAGUUCUGAGCCCAUGUGCCAUUACAGUGCUUUUAAUAAAAUUUAUUUGGGAUUAUCAUUUCCUUAACAUUAAAAUAAUAGCAACAUUUAGACUAUUCAGCUUUAGCAUAGAAAGGAGUCUUUGAGUAUGUACAGUUUUGAAAAUUCUCUUUGAGUUAAUCGAUUUCGUAUUCUGUGGCUUUCAACCUCCAUUUACCUUUUGUCAUUCCAACAUCUUUAUAGAGAAAUAAAAACCCAAUUUCUCUUUCACCAUAUAGUUUGAUUAUCAUCUGGAUUUUCACUCAAGAUGCAGCUCCUAAGAUUAUUGUUAUGUUAAAUUCAUAAACUCAUUUGCCUUUAAUAAUUAAGGAAACAAUACCAGUGUUGAUAAAGAUAUUACAAGGGGUAAUUUCAUGCAAUAAAAUGUACUGUAAGUUUUCUUCCACAUUUUUUGGGAAAAAACUAAAAAAAGAAAAAGGACUUCCUUUUUGUGGACAUCUACAGAUGUUAGAGUUGCCAGAAGCAAACCCCAGGAAUGAGAUCAGUAUUUUCAUUGCAUCUUAAAUGUAAAACCUUCCUGUGGGAGUUCAGUGUGUUCUGUGGUUAAGUGGGUGUGCUUAAUCAUUCUGGAAAUUCUGAUCAGAUGAAAUUAAAAAAAAAAAAAAUCUUGAUGCAAUAACAGUGAUUUUGCCACUUCUGGUUGUUUGAGAUGGAUCUGUCCCAUGUCAGUCUGGGGUUUUAUUCAGCUUGUGUUGCUACUAGCAGUUCACAGGUAAAGCAGAAAUUCUCUUUAACCAGCAAGUUUCUGCUUUUUAAAGUUACUUUUAGAAUAAAUCAUCAGGGAAAUGAAGAGAGGAUGCUUUUGCUUUGGGUUGUGGUCAAAAACGGAUUAAAUAAUGUAAUGUCUCUGGCACACACUAAAAACCAUACACUUCAGUUGUGAUCUCAGUGGCAUAUUUAUUUGGUUAGGUUUCAUUACAUUUAUUAUUACAGAUGUUCAGUUGACCAAGUAGUUCAGUGUUUUCUUUCCUUUUUUUGGAAAUUUUGAGUUUGUGACUGCAGUGUUCAAGAACUCAGCAUCCUUGUUUUCUACAAAUACUGAUUAAAAUAAAAUGCUGUAAAAUGUGUUGUAAAACAUUAUCAUGAUCUUCCCAUGCCUUUGUUGUACUUGUGCCGAAAUGUUUUUAUAUUCCUUUGUCUGGAAGAAAAUGUUUGCCUUCAUUUUGAUCAUUUUGUUCACCUUGGAAUCAACAGGUUUUGAUAUUUUUCUCUUGGAAGAUUUUAUAUCUUUUUGGGAAUAUGUAAUAUAAGAUCUCUAAUAAAAGAUAAUCUUAUCAUGUA